AUGAAUGGCAUUCUCCCGCCGGGAAUGGACGGUGGGACGCGCAGUGGUGGACACGUUGGAAGAUUGCCCCAAGGUACAGCCAUCACACUCCCUCGUGGAGGCUCAGAGAGGGAGAGAGGGGGGGAUAGAUCCAACUUCAGAACUAGUGCCAGUCGCAGCACCAUUCGUACUGUCACACCUGAGCCCGCCGAGCAUGGGCACGCCACGACGGACACAAACAUAACACAAGCACCACUGGACCGGGCUUACGGCACUACGUCGCCCCAAACAUCGCCCCGGCCGAUACCUGGUGGGGAGCGGAGACGGCAGGGAGUCAUUUUCAAAGAGGCAUACGGCGGUUCCUUCGAUAGCUCCGAGUCGAGUCCACCGCAGCACCAGAGUACGGCGGUCAGGGCGCGCACCCAAACAAUGGAUACGGCGCUCGCCCUUCGGCAGCAACAGACAGCAGCUUCGUCAACUACAUCUCGGCACAGAGUGGGUUCGCUCUCCUCGUCGGGCUCGAUCCCCUUCACCGACGUCGACGGCAGCCGCGUCCCCCCCGUCACCAAUGUCGAAUCCGUGGGAUAUCCCUCUAUCACGCCCGCACCGCCGCCCGAUCUCAAAAUAACCGUUUCGUCGUCCAGGGACAAAAAGGGCCAGUCCUCGUCUUUGUCGAACAGGCGACUGAUCAAGCGGGCAUCAUCUCGUCCUACCUCACCAUUGAUUUCCCCGCCUCCUUCUGUGGACUCGCUACCAAUUCCGAUCCCGACCGACGAUUCUAAUAAAGUACUGCUGCUCAUGAAGACAUUAUGCGGGCGGAUGAGAGGCGAAGUAGAAUACCAGAGUGAGCAAGGUGGCCCAUGGUAUCGUGGUAUAUGUUACAUCGACGAGGAAAGGGGCAGCUUACUAUUCGAUUCUGGCCAGAGUGCGCCGUUCCACAUGCCCAUAGUUGCGGACCUUCGAGGGUGCAGGGUGCUCCCUGUCGACUUUCCCGAAUCGGGCACAAAGUGCUUGGAGCUUGCCAACUCCAAAGCGGGCAUCGAACUGCUCCUUAGGCCGCUUUUGGCUGCCGAAUUCGAUCUAUGGCUUGCUGCUCUUCUCUGCUGGCAACAGCUCAAGCCCGGUGGAAUCCGGCUUCCCAGCGGUAGGGGUAACAACUCGCCCGUGGCAGGACGACCAGAUUUGCGGCGGCGCGGUUCAUCAGCCACCGGGUCUACGAGUUCUAAGGAUGCCGCCAUCAUCAAGGUUGGCAAGGUCAUGUUGUGGGACAAAGGUGUGGCCAACUCCCCCCGCGCCAUUGUCAAGCGGCCGUCCACACGCGACUUGCGGGGCUCAGCUACAGCCUGGAGAAGGGUUUCGUGCAUAUUGCAAGAUAACGGCGAAUUCAAACUGAUGACGGAGAACGAUGUCACGGUUCUAUCCGUCAUUGAGCUCUCUCAACUAUCUCGUUGCGCUGUGCAACAGCUCGACAAAUCUGUCCUUGACGAGACCUAUUGCAUUGCCAUCUUCCCCAUUUAUUCCUCCACAUCCCGCCAACUCUCCAUCUUCAGACCCGUCUACAUUGCACUCGACUCACGCGUGUUGUUUGAAGUUUGGUUUGUCCUCCUGCGGGCUUUUGCCGUACCGGAUCUGUACGGCAUCGGGGCAGGAUCCGACCAGGUUUCCGAGAUCACCAAUUUCGAAACCGAGUUUGAUGGACAGAUGUUCCGCUUAGAGAAGACCAUAGAGGUAAGGCUCACGGAGGCAAAGAUUCGGACGGUGAAUCCUGCACCUGAACAGCACGAGCGCUAUGGUCGAGGUGAUCGUGACGCUGGCAGCGGUAAUUACUUUGCAGAGGUGAUCCUAGACGGUGAAGUGCGAGCGCGGACGACAACGCAACCCACGAACAACCCCUUCUGGAGAGAGGCGGCCCAGUUCACAGAGCUUGCCACCGCUUUACCAUAUCUAUCGAUCGUCCUUAAACGAGUCGAUGGCAACCUCGAGGGCUUCAGCCAACAGCUUCAAGCCUCGCUAGGCUUGCCCAAAACCGGAAACCUGACGGAAGUCAUGUGUGGAUCUGUCGAUAUACAGUUGGACAAGUUGGAGCGAGGUAAAGACCAUGAGCAGUGGCAACAGAUCCUAGAUGAGAAGAAUGAGUCGAUCGGAAGCAUGCUCGUCAAGAUCAACCACCAAGAGCUCGUUGUGCUCAUGACAAAAGACUAUGAAGUGCUCUCGGACCUGCUACAUAAGUUCAGCAUUGGCUUAACAAACCAAAUAGCUUCGGCUAUGCCCCAACAGUUACGGAGACUUGCCGAGCUAUUUCUGAACAUCUUUCAAGUCACAAACAAAUCCAGCGAAUGGCUUAUGGCGCUGGUCGAAGAGGAAAUUGAUGGUCUCAGCGGCCCAAAUAGCAUGAAAAAGAUGCGUUUUAGCCGGCGCCUGAAGUCCAACGACUCUAAUGCCUCGGCUAGCGAGAGGGAGCUGCUUGUUCGUGACAUGGGCAAGUCGCUUGCUGGAGAAGCGAAUCUACUUUUCCGUGGCAACUCGCUCCUGACGCAAGCUUUGGAGUGCCACAUGCGACGCUUGGGCAAAGAUUACCUCGAAGAGAUCCUCAGCGACAAGAUUUUCGAGAUCAACGAGAUCAAUCCAGACUGCGAGGUAGACCCGAUCAAAGUCCGCGGAGAAGAUAUCAACCAACACUGGACGCAGUUGAUGCAAUUGACGAAUGAAGUCUUCGAGUGCAUUGCAAGCUCGGCUACAAAGCUCCCGGCGGAAUUACGACAGAUUCUGAAGUACGUGAGGGCUGUAGCCGAAGACCGCUAUGGGGACUUUCUCCGGACCGUAACGUACACGAGCGUGUCUGGGUUUCUGUUCCUGCGCUUCAUUUGCCCUGCCAUCCUCAAUCCGAAGCUAUUUGGCCUACUGCGCGACAACCCCCGACCGAAAGCUCAGCGGACCUUGACGCUGAUUGCCAAGGGCCUCCAAGCUUUAGGCAACCUGGCGACUUUUGGCAAGAAAGAAAGCUUCAUGGAGCCCAUGAAUAAGUUCCUCAACCACCAGAGACAGCCUUUCAAGGACUUUAUCGACCAGGUUUGCUCCAUCUCUGCGGAGCGUAACGGUGUGACGCUCCCGGCCACCUACACAACGCCUAUCACCAUCCUCGGCCGUCUUUCACCGAUUUCCAGAGAAGGCUUCCCGGCUUUGCCAUACCUGAUUGACCACCCCCGAAACUAUGCGGCUUUGGUGAAGCUCUGGCUCGAAGCUCACCAUGCCAACGACCCCAGUUCGCACAUACUAGAAGGUGAGCUGGCGCAAUUCCACGAUGCCUGCGUUCGACUUCAAAAGCGAUCAGACGAUUGCAUGGCUAGGAUCGAGAGCAUUCGCGCGGCCGAGACGAUGUCGAUUCUCACGGAUGACGUUACGGAAAGUCUCGAGAAGACGUCGCUCGUUGACCACGCCCAUUUGGCCUAUGUGAACCAACCAGCCUGGAUGGAGAACGAUCCGUACCGGGCUCCUGGCUCAUCCGGUAGUGAGCAGGAGGGUGGCGAUCGCUCCAUCUUUCGCGAUCUCAAUUUUCGGAGCAAUCGCGAUGGUAGUUCGCUACGCCAAGUGUCGGACAGCUCCGAGAUAUCGCACACGGGGGGUACGCUGCGCCGCAACGGAAUCAACCCGCGACAGUUCCUAAGCGGGUUGAUAGGCGGAAAGAAACACAAGAGCGAGGGCCACACUUCUACACCCUCGUCGAUGCGCGAGAAGAACCGCGACAAGGAGGGGGGGAGCCGAAGCAUGCUGGGCGGCUUUUCGGAGUCGUGGCAGAGCGAUAACUCGAGGCAUUAG